CCCGACAAAGAAUCAUUCUUACACAGCAAUCGCGUACUUAAAAAGUUACUGAUCCAGAAUAGACUGAGUUGAGCUUGGGGACCUUCGGAUAGAUCCCACGAUACUAGGAUUUCCAGCUCUAUAAAUUCGGGCCGAAUAUCUCAAAGUCGAGUCUUUUCGACUGCGGGACAAAACGACAAACAUCUGAGAUUCGCUCCCGCCGCGACAAAACUCCCCGCUUUCCGUUCCGCCAUCGAAGCGCCGCGGCGAUGGCCUCCUCCUCCCUCGCCUCUCCGUCGCUCUACGCUGCCGCUCCCAGGAUCGCUCCGGCCUUCGGGCACCCGCGGACGCCGAGCCCCAUCGGCCUCCGUCCCGGGACGCUGCCUCCUCUCCGGCCGCCCGAGAACCUGAGGGUGAAGCUGAAGCUGAAGCCGCUCUGCACUUACGCCGCCCCGAACGCCGACAACCCCAGGGUCUACCGCCGCCGCGGCCGCGGCGGAGAAAGCGCGGGCCCUGGCUCCGCCACCAAGUACAGGACCGAGAACCCACCUCGCAAACAGGGCCGCGAGGCUCCUUCGAAGGAUGCUCCUGAUUUGGCGGAGAAUCGGGUAGAUGGCGAGGGUCGGCAGGAGCUGGCUUGGAGGGAGUUGAUCUGAUGGCUUUGUUGCAGGAGGGUAAGGUGGAAGAAGCUGUUGGGUAUAUGGAACGUGGGGUUCGAGCGGAUUAUGCUGUUUUCAGGGCGUUACUGGAAUCGUGCGAGAAUUCGAAGUCUCUCGAUCUGGGCAAGAGAGUUCACGAUUUGUUGAGGCGGUCUGGCUUGCCGGGCGAUGUCGAUUUGAGCGAGAAAGUGGUGAGGAUGUACGUGAAAUGUGGCAGUAUGAGAGAUGCGCGCCGGGUGUUCGACAGAAUGCGCGAGAAGGAUAUGAGUCUGUGGCACUUGAUGAUCAAUGGGUAUGCCGCGAGCAGCCAAGGAAAUGAUGGGCUGCUUUUGUUCGAGCAAAUGAGGAAGGCGGGGCUGGUCCCCGAUGGCGAGACGUUCGUGGCUGUUUUGGCAGCUUGUGCGAGCGCAGGAGCGGUAAAACAAGGGCUCAUGCACUUUGAUUCGAUGAGGAACGAAUUCGGUGUUGUUCCGAGCAUCGAGCAUUAUUUAGGGGUUAUUGAUGUGUAUGGAAGUUCCGGUCAUGUGUGCGAAGCAUGGGAUUUUGUCGAGAAAAUGCCUAUCGAACCCACUUUGAAGAUUUGGGAAGCACUGAGGAAUUAUGCUCGGAUUCACGGAGAUCUUGAGCUCGAGGACCAAGCCAAGGAGUUGUUGGUUGCUCUUGAUCCUUCCUGGGCAAUUGCCAAUAAACUCCCAUUACCUCCAAGAAGGAAGCAUUCUGCGGUCAACAUGAUUGAGGAGAAGAAUAAGCUGAGCGAGUAUCGAUGCAUCGAACCAUACAAGGAAGGGGGGAAUUCUAGAGGCUUGAAUGGGCAGAUGAGGGAAGCCGGGUAUGUACCCGACACGAGAUACGUCCUUCACGACAUUGACGAGGAGGCAAAAGAGAAGGCCCUGCAAUAUCACAGCGAGCGCUUGGCAAUUGCAUAUGGUUUGAUCAGCACACCACCAAGAACAACGCUGAGGAUCAUGAAGAAUCUCCGAAUCUGCGGUGACUGUCACAAUGCAAUUAAAAUCAUGUCUAAAAUCGUUGGGAGGGAGUUGAUUGUGAGGGAUAACAAACGAUUCCAUCAUUUUAGGGAUGGCCAGUGCUCCUGUGGAGAUUUUUGGUGAUGUUGGUUUUCCCUAGUGAUGGGAGCUCUUGUUCCUUCCAAGUUCUACCACUUUCCUUCCAGAGGAUCAAAUGAUUGUCUAGACCUGUGAAUUUGAUCUUGUACAGGAUGCUCAUAGUCACGGACCUAUAGCGAUGACAUUAGCACCUUUACUAUGGGUGAGAUCCUGGAAGGCAGUCUGAAUGUUUUUCACUUCGUCUCGUCCCUUUUUCAUCUGUGCAAUUUUCACCUCCUCCAUGAGUUUGGGGAAUGCUUUUCUCCUUUGAGAACAAUGACAACACCUACAAUCAA